AUGGCUGGCCUGGUCGCAUAUGACAGCAGUGACGAGGAUGACGAUGUCCAAGAGACUAUUCCUCAGGAGAAGCCACCAAAGCAAGAGGCUCAGGAGCCGCAACCACCGUCAGAGAACAUAACGAUCGGCCCCGUUCAACAGCAUUCCGUUCCCCUAGGACCUGCCCUACCAUCCAUGGGAGCCCAGCUACCCCAGGGGCCGUUGUCACAAGCAGCCGACGGUGCAGACUCGCCCUACACAGCCUCCCGCGCCCUCCUCCGCGACCUGACCCUCCCCCCGGUCCCGAACUUCGACAUCCCCCCCUCGCCUCCAGGCUCCCCUCCCCCAGCCCUAACCGCCAAGUUCACCCAGUUCAUCGAACUCAAGAAGAAGAGUGUGCACUUCAACGCCAAGCUCGCCCAGUCCUCCGCCCUACGCAAUCCAAGCCUCACCGACAAGCUCAUGGACUUUGUCGACAUCGACGGCCGCGGCGGCUACGCCACCACGCUGCCCCUCGACAUUUGGGACCCCACGUCUGAAGCAGCCCUCCCCGAGUGGGCUACCAGGACCGCGCUGCGACAGAGCCAGGAGCGGGUCCGCGCCGAGCGUGCUGGGUUGAGAAAGGCCGGCGGGCCAGUCGAGUUCGUUCCAGCGGCUGCCGGCGGUCCUUCUGCAUCCGAAGUCGCGUCUCCCGGUAACGAGGCGGCGGCGGCGGCGGCUUCGGCUUCUUCGUCCGAGCAGGGGGCCAUCUCCCGCGCGGGGAAGCGAAAGGCGGGCGGCGGCUGGUAG